AUGGGUUCCUGUACUUCCAAGGCUGCCCUAGAGCAUAGGAGGCCAGCGAGAUAUUACACCAGAGGACGAAGAGUCCGCAGCCGUUCCCGGUCCAUCAUGCCAGAGGCACCCCAGUCACAGCAGUUGAGCGAUACGAGAGGACGCAUGACCGGCUUCUCAAUGAGCGAGAUUGUCCAUGUCGAGACUGCAAACCGUGGCAAAUCGGAGCUUUCCAAGACAUUCCACCUUACGCAGAUGCAGUGGCAUCACAGCCAGAGGGACUGUAAAGGUUGCAGCAACGAAGAUGCCUGGUUUGACUCUGUAAGCAUUCUUGAAGAUGAUUCUGAUGAUGAAUUCAAGAGUGUAGAUGGAGAUAGUUCAGCAUCAUCGGACGAAGAUGAGGACCAAAAUAAGCAAUAUGAGAGCGCUUCCCGUUUUGCCGACACACUCUCUCGUAUUGGUGAGAUAUGCCGUGGUGUGCCUAUGACAUUAUCUAUUGAACAGUACCUGAAAAGAGAUAAAGGUGAUGAUCCUGGACACAGGAGCCAAAACUUGUCCGUGUGUGCCACCAAGUGCUUACCGACCUCCUUUAGUUUCAAGGGCUUGAAGGAUAAAAAUGAUUCAGAUGAUGAUAACAAGGAGAGUCCCACCCCAUCCCGCUUACGGAAGCUGCUGCACUCUAUUAGCUUCAAUGACAAGAUGCAGCAGUUGACUGGUGGAAGCCCAACAACAAAAAAGUCAACAGUCAUCCGGCUCUCAUACAAGACAUCAUGCGAUGACUAUGAAGACAGCAGUGAACUGGGUAAGUCCACUAAUGUUCAAAAUCUCACUGUAGGUAAAUCUAAGAAAUAUGUUGUCCGUCCAAAGGUAGGGCAAACAAUCCCAUGUGGAGGUGAGAAGCCGACAACAGGAUGUUGGUCACGGAUUGAUCCAUCCCUCUUCAAGUUGAGGAGUGAGACCUUCCUAAAAGAUAAGAAGAAAUGUGCUGCUCCAAAUUAUGCUGCUUAUUAUCCGAUAGGGGUGGAUUUGUUUGCCUGCACCAAGAAGGUUCAUCACAUUGCUCAGCACCUUGAUCUUCCACAGAUCAGAACACAUCCCAAGCUCCCGUCACUUUUGAUUGUGAACAUCCAGAUGCCUACCUACCCUGCUGCCAUGUUCCUCGGUGACAGCGACGGAGAAGGCUUUAGCCUCGUCUUGUACUUCAGGAUAUCUGAAUACUAUGAGAAGGAGGUUUCGGAUCAUUUCAAGGAUUCUAUCAUGAAAUUUUUUCAGAAUGAAUCUGAGAAGGUAAAAGGGUUUACAUCAGAAUCUACCACCAUGUACAGAGAUCGAUUGAAAAUCAUGGCUGGAUUGGUCAACCCAGAUGACCUCCAGUUGGGUUCCACAGAGAAGAAGCUUGUCCAAGCAUACAAUGAGAAGCCAGUCCUCUCACGGCCCCAACAUAAUUUCUAUGAGGGAGAGAACUACUUUGAGGUAGAUCUUGAUAUACACCGGUUCAGCUACAUUGCUAGGAAGGGACUAGAUUCAUUUAGGGAACGCCUAAAGAAUGGCAUCCUCGAUUUGGGUUUGACAAUUCAGGCCCAGAAGCAAGAGGAGCUCCCUGAGCAGGUCCUCUGCUGUGUUAGGCUGAACAAGAUUGAAUUUGUUAACCAUGGGCAAGUUCCAACAAUAGUCACAGUUGAUGACAAGUGA